AUGGAUGAUAUCGACUUGGACAAUUUGCCACAUGAUCCUGGUGAGAGGAAAGCAAUUAUAGAAUAUCAUCCUAAUCAAAGAGACGAGGUUAGACGUAAGUAUUGGAUUAGAGGACCUUGUCAACCUCGUAGUCAUACUUUUGAGCAACGACUUGUAGGGAAUACUGGGAAUACACUUAGGCGGUUUAAUCCUAGUUGGUUUGAUCAGUAUAGUGAUUGGUUGGAAUACAGUGUGAAGACAAAAAAGGCGUAUUGUUUGUGUUGUUAUCUGUUUAGAGAUAAAAAUAAAGCCAAAGGUCGCAAAAUUGGAUUUGUGACAGAGGGAUUCAAUUGUUGGAAUAAGUCGGAUAGAUUUUCUGUUCAUGUUGGUAAAGAAAUAAAUAGCUUUCAUAACAUAGCUAAGAAGAAGUGUGAAGAUUUGUUUAGACAAGGUCAAUCAAUUAAGCAUGCUCUGCACAAGAAAACCAAUGUCAUGAAGGAUGAGUAUCGUGUUCGAUUAAAUACUUCAGUCGAUGCUUCUAGAUACUUGAUGAGACAAGGACUACCAUUUUGUGGCCAUGAUGAGACAAUGGAUUCUAGUAACAGAGGAAUUUUUUUGGAGUUAGUGAAGUAUACGGCUGAACAAAAUGAGGUUAAAGAGCAAAUGGCUACAGUAUUUCGUUUUGUUGAAAAAAAUGGUAUAGUGAAAGAGAGAUUUGUUGGUCUUAUCCAUGUGUUGGAGACAUGUUCUUUAUCUCUGAAAUCUGGUAUAGACUCAUUGUUUUCUAAAUAUAGUUUGAGUUUGAAACAGUUGAGAGGCCAAGGCUAUGAUGGAGCAGCAAAUAUGAGAGUUGCAAAGAAACAUUUUGAAGUUGGAGAUUUCUUCGAUAAGGUUUAUGUGUUAGUAAAUGUGCUCAUAGCUUCUUGCAAAAGAAAGGAUUUGAUGCGAGAAAUCCAGCGGGGUGAAAUUGAGAAAGGAAUAAGUAGUGGUGAAAUUAAGACUGGAAAAGGGUUGAAUAAGGAGUCUUAA